UGCAGCUCAGCUGUACACAAACAACACCCUCGUUUUGCUGUCCACAGUCUGCACAGAUUGAUUUUACACUUUGACUUGUGCGGAAACAGAUUCAGAAGACGCUUUCCGGCAUCUACAAAAGGGGAGAGAGCAAGAAAAAUUUCCUUUUUUACCUUGAUCAGUAUAAAACCAAUCAAAUAAUUGAAAGAUGGCUGGUAUGGCAGCUAAGAUGAUACUUGGUAACAAGCUGAAUAGCGUGAAAGGUGAGCUUGGAAACUUAGCUGGAGGAGAGGGAGAAGGUAACGACAAAGAUGAAGAAGAGGCCGCCCUCAUUGAAGAAGCGCGACAGCAGCAAGAGGAAGAGAGGAAAGCAAGACAUGCUAAGAUGGAAGCAGAAAGAGAGGUGGAGAGACAGAGGAUAAGAGAAAAGUAUGGACUGAAGAAGAAAGUGGCUGAAGAAGCGGGGAUGCCAGAGCCUGAUGAUGCUGGCCGGAUUACAAGGAAGAAGAAGACACCUGCCGAGAUGCAGCAGGCAUUACAACAACAGGAGGAUGAAGAAGAAGGUUUUAUGGAUACAGUGAAAGGUUUUGUUGCACCGUUUGCAGAGAAACUUGGACUGGACCUCUUUAAAUAGGUAACCUUUCAGGGAUGAAGAGUUUCAUUAUCGUCAGUUGUAACCCAGGCCGAACCUACUUUAAAAAAAAUAAAAAAUUGACAUUUAUUUUUGUUGGGUAAUCGUCUAAUAAAUUUAUGGUCAAUCAAGAAGUUGUCAUUCUUUGCCCAAUUGUCCAUUGUUUCCAAUGGAUUUUAGUAUUGGUAUCACUUUCUUGUGAUUUCUAUACCUAAUAGACAAUAAUUUCAAAAUAGUAUCAGUUUUAGGGAUAGUACAUGUAUUUAAUUGGAAUGAUAUUUUGUACUAAGUACCGGUAAAAUCUAUCUGGAAUAUGGUACCUCUUAUAGUGUAAAAAAUUGUUCUAUUAAGAUUAUGUUAAAAUUGUAUCGAGGUUUUCUUUAAAAGAAACAGAAAACAACUUUAUAUUUCUUCAUCCUAUGCACUAUAAUCAUAUUUCAUGUUUGGAGUUUCAUCACUUUAUUUCAGGACCAAAAUGUGAAGAGAAAGGGUCCCUGAAGGUCUAUGACAUUGCUAGAGCAAUAUUUUACUUUCUAGUCCACUACUUAACUCAAAACAAAAACAGUGUGUGUCUAUUUUGUAUUCGACAUAUAAGGUCUAUUUUUUCAAGGCCCAUUGAUUGGUGCCAGUAAUGCACAAAAUGAAGUAGCACCAGAGUUAUAUUAAAAAAAUGGCACCUCUUUUGAAAUGAAUGCUGUGUAUGGAAGAUUCACCGUAGAAUGAUAAUGAUUCUCCAGGUGGGUGUUUUGUAAAGCUCUUCGUAAGUGACAAGCAACUUUACAAACGACCGAUGACCCUUUCAUGGGAGUUUAAUCAACACCAAUGAAACUUUGGUGCACAUAAGAUUUACCACCAUAUUGGAUUUGUAUGGUUGCUCUUACUUUAAUAUGUACAGUUUUAUGAAACACCAACCAGGUCACUAACACUUUACACUUAACUCACUUGCCUACACCACAGUAGUUAGAUCUUACACACACAGCAUGCUCGUCGUCGUUUGUUGUCUGGACAUGGGCCCCAGCAACCCAUAUUAAAGUUCAUGCAAAACUAAUAUGUUGCCAUUUAAGUAUCCAAUUAUGUUUCAUAGUUUAAAAAUAAAUGUAAGAAUUUUUUACAACUUGAUAUGUUCCACCCUUCGAUAAAGGAGCUUCAGAUUUCAUUCGUGAAGUAACAACAUCAACCUUGACCAUCUGAAGAUGCAAUGCUCACUGGCAUAAGAAACUACAUUGAUUGAAAGCGUGGAAUUAUAUUGUGUGCAUUCACUACAAGUAAGCUGUUGGAAAUUAAAUGUACAUACCAUUGUCAAGUGUAAAAUAUUAGUGACUCUGGGAUGGGGCUUACCAAGUUAAAAAAUAUUCUUUCAAAUAAAAAAAAGAUACGAAAUACAGAUAUACAAAGAUUUAAUAAUAUACUUGGAUACCUAAAUCACAAUAUACGAGUCCUAUUCAGCACAAGGUUAAGAACUCAAACAAUUCUCAUUCUUGAUCCCAUGAUGAUAAAGCUUCUUACAAGAGAUAGACUUUAGUUGGGGUUCAUGGUCUUUGCAAUCAUUGAGCAUUAAACUAGUCCUUGACAAAAUGUAGCAAAAAUAGGCAUGACGUACCACACCUCACCUUUUGGAUGUAUUACACUGCAUGUGUAUUCACUCUGUACGUAAGCAUUGCUUUCACAUAUACCACACAUGAUAUUUCCUUGUUGUUGAUUAGUUUUUAUCUGCAAUCAAAAUGUAAGCUUAAUUCAAAAUGUUCAAAAUUAGGUGCUAUUACAAAAAAAACAAUUGUGCAAUAUGAUGAUAAAUCACUCUUGAACUGAUUUCCUGACCCUGUAUAAAGUGAUAUCUAAAUAGAAAUUGUUUUACAAGGGAAGGGUAGAGGAAAAUUUUCUGAUUUCAUUCUUUUUUUAUUACUGGUAUUGUUUGAAUGAGACCAAAUAUAAAACCAUUUUAGGGCAAAUGACAAGAAUUUUAUUAGAACCAUUGAAAUAUAAUUAAAAUCUUCACAGAUUUAAUUGAUAGUAUCGGAUACACAAGUAUACAUCUUCAUCCAAGUUUUGAAGACCAAAGAAAAAUAUUGAGAAUUUUUCUAAUGAUUUUAGAUUAUAAAGUGCAAUAGAUCUUUUCUUGGUUAUUUUGUUGGUUUCGUAAACUGAAAUAAAGUAAUACUGAGGUAAGGCCAGGAUGGGGAUUUUCGUGUAAAUAAGAUAGCAAAGAAUUAUGGCUGUAUUUGAAGUACAUGUAGGAAACUAUCUUUAUAAAUUGUUUCCAGUGUAUAUUGUGCAUACUAAAAAGAAUGUUUAUUUAUUUGCCAAUUUUUCCAAUGCAUUAUAUGUAAAGCUUAUAAUGUCUUACUGUGGCUGAUUGUACAUUGAUAUUAUGAUAGCUCUUGAUAUGUCUUCGUAAAAAAAUGUUUGAAAAGAUCUAGUACAUUUUUGAUAUACAUGCUAUUAAACAAUUGUAAUAUUCUCUGUUGUAUUCUUAUAUUGUUAUGAAUGAUGAAAGUACUGGUUAAAAUGUUGCCUUUGUGGUUGUCAAAUUGUUAUUUCAUCCAUCUACGUACUUACAUCAUAUGACCUCAUAUAACUUUGUAUUCUAGCAUUUAAUUAUUAGAUUUCCUUUAUGAUUGUUUGAUUUCAUUAUCACUUCUGCAUUCAAUUGUACAUUUAUCACAAAAUCAGUCACUUCUUUUUUUCUAAGUUUUAGUUCUUACCUUAUACCUCAUUCCCACUUGACCUUUUGUAACUGAUCACAAAAUUUUCGAACUGUUCACAAUUUUUCUACGAUCAAUACGAUUGCCAUAAUAUCGUGUACACUUUCUUAAUUUCUUCAUAAUAAUUUCUUUUGUCUUCAUGUAAUAUAUUCCUCAAGUGAUUUCAAGAAUUGCAUUUUUUUGUUCUUGCCACUUUAAACAUUCCUAUUGAAAAUUCCAAAGUGAAAUUACCUCUGUAGUACCUUAUACGUACUUCAGGUGAACAAUUAUUAAAAUGUUAGUCGACUCAUUGUAUUUGCCAGAUUUUUUACCAGACAUUUCUUUGUGUACUACUAAAAAUUCAUGGCAUGUACAUGAAAAUAUACGUAUAAAUGCAUCAUUAUGAUGUAAUUUUGACCGAUGGGCCUUUCCCCCCCACUAAUUUAACCCCAUAGGUAUUAUGUAAUUUACACAAGCCACGUUCAUUGUUGUGAUAAUUCUCUCUUUUCUUUCAUACACGUCUUUUUUUUUCCAGACACAUUGAUGAUGUGUAUUAAAUUCAUUCUCCUUGUCUACUAGCAUUAUGGUAGUUUAUGUCAACCCAAGUUAUUGAGUUGUCUAUGAAAUAUUCUUGCCAUUGCACACACAAAGCCUUGUAUAGUCACAUGUCUCUGCUUUUAAAUAUGUGUACCUAUAAAGGGGGAAAAAAAUUCAUAAAACAAAUAGAAAUAGAAAUGGGAGAUUGCUUGGAAUGAAAUUGGAGAAGCACUUUGCAUGCAUGCAAGCACAGCACAAAUUAUGCCUAUAGUGCAUGUAUACAGUGCAGGCAUAUGUCUGAUGAAUUCAAAAUAAAAUUUCAUUUGAAAUUCAUCAGCGUCAUUGAAAUGUACACCGAGUCUUCACUCAUAAAUCCAGGAGGAAGAUAUUGUCUUGGAUGUACGGUACAUUCACAAAUUUGUGUGUUUGACAUUUUCAAACAAUUUUACUGUCAAAAGGGCCUGAGGGAAAAACAUUUGUAGCUCAUGAUUUUCAUUAGGGCAAAUGCUAGCAUCAAACAGUUAUCAUGCCUCGGAGAAAGACGGGUGCAUGUGGCUAGAUAGAUCAUAUGUAGAGAUUGGGCUAGACUAUUUUAUAUUUAACUUCACAAUGUUGGAAUAUCUGACACAGGUGAUUGGACUCUGACCGUCUUUGAACAUACAAACUUCAUGUCAUCUUUGGUAGUAAUCAUUGGCGGACUGAGGCCCGGAGGAAAAAAGCAUUGGAGGGGCACUGUAUUGUAUGUGAACAAUGCUGUGCCCCUUAAAUGCUUUGUCUCCUCCGGGCCAUGGUCCGCCACUGGUAGUAAUGGAUUAGGAAGUUCUAAUGCAAAUCUUAAAUUGGAAAGUUCUUAUUGAUUUUGGUUAUUUAUUAAUUUGUGUGAUGCAAUUCCGAAUAGAUGGUGCAAAAUUCUGUUCACAGACUGAUCAAUCUACUUUAAGCUGAGUUUUGUAUUCUAGAAUCAAAGUGUGUGCAAUAUUGAAUGUUUUGAUUACAUAGUAAUUUAUAUCUUUCUAUUUGUGAACCCUGUUUUAAUAGUUGUCCUUUAUAAGGUACACUUAUUUCAUCUGUUGAGCCAGAAGAGAAUCGCCUUUUUGACUUCAUUUGAGUGGAGCACAAAUUCACUCUUUUGAUAGUAUCUUUAUAUAUGAUUCAUGAGAUUAUUUCACAAUGUUAUCAUAUAUAUGUUACAAAGGCACGGAUCCAGCUGGAUUAGACACAAUACCAUUUUAGGGGCCAUAUUGUUUUUGUACAAUUGAGUCAACCUCUCAAAACUAUUGUAUUAAAUCUGGCUAGAUCCGCGCCUGAUCUAAUGUUACUUUAAAAAGGUGUGAACAUGCUUUUUCAAUGACACUAGGAAUACUUGGGAUAUACAUGCAU